AUGCUUCUUGCGUCUUCCGGUGUGAGUGCAUAUCAAGAACGAGUACCCCUCCAGCUGCUCGAUUUCGCAUAUCGCUACACAUCCAGCGUCUUACAAGACGCCGUAUAUCUCGCCGCUGAGGGUUAUGCCGGUGACGUAUCGGGCUCAAAGGCUGGCGAGGGUACCAAAACCCAGCAACCUUCGCAGGAAAUCUCGACUGUGAGUUUACAAGCUCUACGAUUGAGCAUCGCGUCGCGAUUACAUUAUCAGUUUCAGCCUGGCUUGCCCAAGGAGUUCUUGAUGGAUAUUGCCGCGGAGCGGAAUCGGAUAAUGCUUCCCGGUCUUUCGAGAGGUGCUGAAGGCGGAAUGUCUAAUGUUGCGGCACCGGGCGUAAUCAUGGGUGGCAUGAGGCUGCCGCCUGAGAGAUUCUGUCAGACUGGUGUGGGUUGGGGUUUAAGAGACGAGUGGGAGAGUGAGGGAGAAGAGGAAAUGGAGGUUGAUGCUGCCGGACAGCAAGGAGCCCCUACCACUGCGGCUGCACCCGGGGGAGAGGAGGGCGGCGCUGAGGACGAUGAUGUUGACGGAAAGAUGGAGGACAUUUUCGGCGAAGACGCGAUGGAUGAGGACAAUCCCGAUGGCGAUAAAACUAUGACAGAUGUCUGA